CUCGAACUCGGGAUUUCAUGAACGCAGAACUGAAAUGAGAUCUCUCCUUUACUUUGUAUUGUUUCUUUUCCUCUGCUCCCAAACAGCAUUCUCCUGGAAAAAGGAGGAGUUUCGCACCUGCGACCAGACCCCUUUCUGCAAACGCGCUCGGUCCCGUACUCCCGGCGCGUGCUCUCUCAUCGCCGGCGAUGUCUCCAUAUCCGACGGUAACCUUGUGGCCAAGCUCCUCCCGAAAGCUCCUGCUCAAGGCGAUGGUGAUCAGAUCAAGCCGCUGAUUCUCUCCCUCUCGGUUUAUCGAGAUGGGAUCGUGCGGCUCGUGAUCGAUGAGGAUCAUUCUCUGGACCCGCCGAAGAAGCGGUUCCGAGUUCCCGACGUGAUAGUGUCCGAAUUCGAGGAAAAGAAGGUUUGGUUGCAGAGCGCAACGACGGAGACGAUUGCCGGAGACACUAGUCUGUCUUCGGUGGUCUACGUAUCGGACGGCUACGAGGCAGUGCUGCGGCAUGAUCCGUUUGAAAUCUUCGUCCGCGAGAAAUCAGGUGAUCGACGCCGAGUUGUGUCUUUGAACUCCCAUGGAUUAUUCGAUUUUGAGCAAUUGAGGACGAAAAAUGAUGGGGAGAACUGGGAAGAGAGUUUUAGGAGCCACACUGAUUCGAGACCUUAUGGUCCCCAAUCCAUUAGCUUCGAUGUUUCAUUUUAUGAUUCCAGUUUCGUUUAUGGAAUUCCUGAACGCGCCACUAGCUUUGCUUUGAAACCAACCAGGGGUCCUGGAGUUGAGGAAUCUGAACCUUAUAGACUCUUUAACCUAGAUGUCUUUGAAUACCUCCAUGAAUCACCAUUUGGGCUAUAUGGCUCAAUCCCAUUCAUGGUUUCACACGGGAAAUCUGGUAAAAGUUCCGGUUUUUUCUGGCUGAACGCUGCUGAAAUGCAGAUUGACGUUUUGUCAAAUGGAUGGGAUGCUGAAAGUGGCAUUUCCUUUCCAUCUAGCCAGAGCAGGAUUGAUACGUUUUGGAUGAGCGAGGCAGGAGUCAUAGAUACGUUCUUCUUUGUCGGGCCAGAGCCGAAAGAUGUAGUAAAACAGUAUGCAAGUGUGACGGGUACUUCAGCUAUGCCACAGUUGUUUGCCACUGGCUAUCACCAAUGCAGGUGGAAUUACAAGGAUGAGGAGGAUGUGGAACAGGUGGACUCGAAAUUUGAUGAGCACGAUAUCCCUUACGAUGUUCUAUGGCUUGAUAUUGAGCAUACCGAUGGGAAGAGAUACUUUACAUGGGAUAAAGUGUUGUUUCCUCAUCCGGAGGAGAUGCAAAAGAAGUUGGCUGCUAAGGGCAGGCGGAUGGUGACUAUUGUGGAUCCUCAUAUCAAGAGGGAUGAUUCUUAUUUCUUACAUAAGGAGGCUACUCAGAAGGGGUAUUACGUUAAGGAUUCUUCCAGAAAAGACUUUGAUGGUUGGUGCUGGCCCGGUUCAUCAUCUUACAUUGACAUGUUGAGUCCUGAGAUUAGAACAUGGUGGGGUGGCAGGUUCUCGUACGAGAAUUAUGUUGGUUCCACUCCGUCAUUGUACAUCUGGAAUGACAUGAAUGAACCUUCCGUGUUCAAUGGUCCAGAGGUUACUAUGCCUAGAGAUGCGUUACAUGUCGGGGGCGUGGAACACAGAGAAGUUCAUAAUGCUUAUGGAUAUUACUUCCACAUGGCGACUUCUGACGGACUUGUCAUGCGGGGAGAAGGAAAGGAUCGGCCUUUUGUGUUGUCGAGAGCAGUCUUUCCUGGUACCCAAAGAUUCGGAGCAGUCUGGACUGGAGAUAAUACGGCAGAGUGGGAGCACCUUCGGGUCUCUGUUCCAAUGAUCUUGACACUUAGUCUUACCGGAAUAACAUUUUCGGGUGCGGAUGUUGGCGGGUUUUUCGGGAAUCCUGAAACGGAACUGCUGGUUAGGUGGUACCAGCUGGGUGCUUACUAUCCAUUUUUCAGGGGGCACGCCCAUCAUGACACCAAGCGACGAGAGCCUUGGCUGUUCGGAGAGCGUAAUACAGAACUCAUGAGAGACGCCAUACAUGCUCGGUACAUGCUACUUCCGUACUUCUACACAUUGUUUAGAGAAGCAAACGUCACUGGUGUUCCUGUCGUGCGUCCCUUGUGGAUGGAAUUCCCAUACGAUGAUUCUACUUUUAGUAACGACGAAGCCUUCAUGGUCGGUAAUGGUCUGCUGGUCCAAGGAAUUUACACGAAGGGAGCUAAACAAGCGUCGGUGUAUUUGCCCGGAAAAGAAUCAUGGUAUGACAUGAGAAGUGGGAAGGCAUACGUGGGAAGCAAGAUACACAAAGUCGAGGUGUCGGAAGAGAGCAUUCCAGCGUUCCAAAGGGCUGGAACUAUCAUUUCCCGGAAAGACCGUUUCCGGCGAAGUUCUUCUCAGAUGGACAAUGAUCCUUAUACUUUGGUUGUGGCCUUAAACAGUUCACAAGCUGCGGAGGGUGAACUCUACAUCGACGACGGCAAGAGCUUCGAGUUCAAACGAGGCUCCUACAUCCACCGCAGGUUUGUCUUCUCGAACGGGCAGCUCACAUCGUCGAACCUUGCUCCCGAAUCUCGUUUCUCUUCCCAUUGCACGAUCGAAAGAAUUAUUCUGCUGGGUCAUGCCAAGGGUCCAAAGUCUGCACUGGUGGAACCAUCGAAUCAGAAGGUAGACAUCGAGAUGGGACCAAUCAGGCUGGGCGGGCUUGCAGGUUCGGGUUCAGGUGCAAAGGCCUUGACGAUCCGUAACCCGGGCGUUCGAGUUUACGAAGACUGGUCGAUUAAGAUUCUGUGAAUGAAAUGAACCGCUUGAUGUUUUUUUUUUCUGCGGUGAUGAAAAUGCCUGAGACUUCUUUUGUAAGGAUUGAAGAAGUUGAGAAUUUUGAACAAACUUAAUCUAGAAGGCUAUUACAUAA